AUGUUUUUCGGGGGCCCUAGACAAAGCAGUUCACCUAUUUCCAUUCCAGCCAAGAGUCCAAGUCCGGAUGGUCAGUUGGACGGCCCUCCGUCUGGUCUUUCCCCUCAGUUCUCUCCGUGCUGGGUGACACAAGCUCAACGGGAUCUUGCACAGGUCCAUGCUGAUCUGCAACAAAUCCAAGAGCACCAAAAAAGGGAGUUUGAAUCAGUGAAGCGGGGUGUCGAACGAGCUGUCCUAGGGGUGCGCAGAGAGGAGAGACGUCUUCUUGAGAGGGUGGAGCAGGACCAUCGGGACUCUCAGCAGCGCCUGGAGCAAGUUCAGAGGGAGAACCUGGCGGCAGUGCGGGUUAGUCAAACCCUGAUGGACCAAAGGUUCCGCAAACUAGCUGAACUUCAGCGUAGAAUUGAAGAAAUGGGUCAACCAGUUGUUAAUGAAACUGAGCAAAACAACAAUCUUCUUAUUAAGGAGAUUACCGAGUUCCUACAGCCUUGGGAGAUAUCAGUUUCACUAAGGAAAGUUAACUUCAAACCUAGCUCCCAAACUAAUGUUGUCGCUUUUGGAGAAAUUCAUGUACAAGAUCAAAACCUGAGCCUGAAUGUUGGAAGCUGCGGACCGCACGGACAGCCAUGUGCUCUCCAUUCACAGGAGAUCAAGUGUGAAGACAUGAACAAUCAAAGUUUUAAAAAAGAGAAAAGCCCUCAAGGACAAGAAUGGACCUCACCGUCUCCCCGGGUAGUUAGAAAGAUCAGCCUGUCAAACCGAAGUGACGUGGAAUUAGAGGAUGAACAGAAGCUUUCUUCUGCUAAGAUCCUUCACUGGCUUCCCAAAUGUGAACAAUCUGACAGGAUUUCUCCCCAACAUACUGAAAUAGAUUUAGGUUACUUCCAGCAACAAGGAGAAGAUGUUUCUUUGGCUGUCCCCAUUGGACACAAACACAUCCACACUGCUGAUGAAGAUCUGGUGAACAAGAUGAACUUUGAUGAUAACUGUUCAUCCCCCUGGAAUCAGAGGAAAUUGUUUUCUGUUGCUUCAAACAGAAAGCUGUCCCCCUCACCGGAAAGACGAAAGGACCAUGGUAAGCUCAGCCAAUCCUUGAGUUUGGAGAGCCAAGAUCGACUAAAAAGAAAAGGGAGUCAGGGUUCCGAUGGUAGACUUUACAACUCUGCCAACAGUGCCUUAAAAUCUCCCAGGACAAAUACAAGAGACACUUUAACUAGCCAAAGCUGCUUAGAACUCACCUGCAGAGGCCGCUCUCAUUCCCGCAUCAGCCAGUCUUCAGAUGAACACUCCCUCGGGACACUUGGUGACUCUGGCCGUGCGCCAUCCCCAACGGAUAGCCUUGAUUCAAGCUACACCUUCAUCAUUGGCCCAUCGUAUGACCAUUGCUUAAAAAGAAGCUCUCUGAACCACAGUUGUUACUUGUCAAAGUCUGCGUUGGAUUUGACUCAGAGGACACGGCCGCUGGUCCCUGGCGGGACGAACGAACAAGGACUGUGGAAGGUUAAGAAUGGCAACUCAACUUCCGCCUCACCAACACUAAGUCGACGGUCUCGGAUCAACGAAAGGGGGCAGAACAUCUUGUGCCCUGCUCACAGAGGUCAUAAUAAUGACCCACACAAAGGCUCAUUUGGAGAAGCAAAGCAACCCCUUGUGGCCAGGUCUUUAUCCCUAUCAGCCAUUGAUGUGUCCUCUCAUGAGCUGAAGAGGGACAGAGGAGGAAGGGAGCUGGCUCUAGCAGAGUUAGAGGAAGAGGGAGAUUUGUCCUUCAAAGCAUACAACCCCAGUGGUGUCCAUCUCAUUGGGCAGUUUGGUAAACAGGGAUCAGGUCGAGCUGACCUAACUCUACCAAGUGGGAUCCAUGCCACACCACAGGGCCAACUCUUCAUAGUGGAUUGUGGAAAUGCACGUGUACAGGUGACUGACCCUAGAGGAAAUGUCCUCCAGCAACUGACCUCUGCCCGUGCUGAUGGCUCAACCAGAAGAUGCAGAAAUUACUUUGACAUUGCUGUCAAUGGAAAAGGCUUGAUUGCUUUGAGCUGUGCAGCAGAAAGGGCACUACUUGUGUUCAAUCGACAUGGCCGUCUACUCCAGACCUUUGGAGGCUCUGGUCUGGGUUCCACAAAGGAUGAACUGGAGGCUCCGAGGGGUGUCACUGUAAGCAGAUCAGAUGACUUCCUAGUAGCAGAUAUUAGGAAAGGUACCCUCAUUUCCUUGAAGCUCGAACCAAAAACUGGUUCUCGACUUGAGCGCACAGUUGUGACCGGGUUCCACAGGCCCUACUUGGUGGCAACUUGCUUGACUUCAGGCUUGGUAGCUGUAUCUGAAAGGGGGAAUGAAACUGGACGUGUCCCUUGUAUAAAAGUGCUGGAGCCAGGCUGGAACACCAUAAGAGUUCUGGGUGUGUGUGCUGGCAUGGGACCAGUCCUGGCCUGCCCCUGGGGGAUCUGUAUAGAUGCAGAUGGUAAUGUUUUGGUUGCAGACUGGGGGGAGCAGCACAAAAUUUUGUUAUAUCCAGAACAAGGAAUGGGAUGGCCCAUAGUAAACGAAGGCUUGAGUAGUCCACGUGGACUGACCUUGUUACCCGAGGGUCAGCUUGCUGUGUCAGACAGUAUGCACCAUUGCAUUAAGAUCUACCAGUACAAAUUACCCCAGCAGUGAAGUACACAAAUCCAUAAAUGUUUGGGGUAACAAACUUUCAAUUUUAUCCUAUACCAAGUGUUCCAGUGUUUAUCCAUAUGUGUUUGUCCUUUUUAACCCCAACUGGACAUGGUUGAUGGUCUGUCCUGACAAGUCUAGUUCUUUGAGAGUUAUUUUCAUUUAUUUAUAGGGUGGUAGUGAACCAUACAACCACUCAAUUAAACCCUUAGUACUAGGAGCAUUACCUUGAAUGUUAACUGGCAACUUAAACAUUAAAUUAAGUGAGCUGAAUUACAUUUAUUUAGUUUUGGGCAAUAGCAAUCACAUCUGAAAAUUCUGUUGUCAUGAGAUUUGGAUACCCGUUCAAAUCUAUCUCGACAUGUUCUAAUGUUGCAUACACACCUGGUAUGUGUUCUUUCAAAAUCGCGCUGGUUGUGGGAUCUUGAAAGCCUUUUUAGCAUAUGGUGGUCACACUGAUUUGUUGGUUGCUGAUAUUAGUACAUGUACCUAUAGUUGGAAGAGGCUUGGUAUGAAAUGUUGAAGUGGUGCAAAUCUUUCUCCAGGCUUUUUUCCUUCACAGCUCUAUUCCAAUAUAUGAAAAACUUGGUGUCAUAUAAUUCCAGCGUGGCAAAACCAAAUGAACUUCUCCAUGAUCAAUUUUCAUCUGAUUUGCACUUUCGUGAAUUAAAUGGGACGCCAUUUAUAUGUAGCUACCAAAGUUGAGUCUCUUCUUGAGUUCAGCUGGUUUAAUGCAUGUUCAAUAAAUCCACAUUUUCUACACAGAGCCUGAAAACUUGCUUAGCUAUGCAUGAACAUUAGAGCUUUGAACACAGAAGUCUGAAAGACACACUUAUGUCUUUACAUUGAUUUGUCAUUGAAAGUGGUCGAUUGAAUGCUUGUUGCAGAGAGCCGUGUGAACGCAGCACUACAGAUGUUUCUAUAAUUAUUGGAAGACAUUUAAACUCUAACAAAGGAAGACUUUGUUUGUUUUCUUUCAAAAUAUUUUCACAUGAAACAAUUUAGUCUAAAAAUGUCAGCUGUAUUUACAUAACACUAUUGGCUUGUGGAUCAAAGAAUGCAGAGAAGUUCUGCCCUCUAAGAUCCCUGCAGUUUGAGAACCU